GUCAGGUCCAGGCACACCUCGGUCGACUUAGGCCGAAGGCCAAGACAAAACAUAGUUUGCCCAGCCUUGGUAAACGCCACCAAAUAUUCAUUCCACCACUCAGAGGAAGAGCAUCUGGGGUUUUGGAUGUAUACCCGAAUCGAAAGACUGUGUGUGAUUGUUGCUUCAAUCCUGGGAAGUGUGUUCGCUUUGAGAAUAGACCCCGCCUCGGCCCAAAAUGUUACGAAGCGGCUAGGCGAUGGGGGUAGAGAGACAGAUCUACUGAAGAACGUCAUUCUCUUUACUAAUAUAAGCAAAGCAAAUAAUGCGUCCAUGGUUGCUAAGAUCGGCAAGCCAGGUUUCAUCUACCGGAGACCCUACGAAUACAUAAUGUCCCAGCGAGUGCCUUGGGAACUUGGGAAGCAGCCCGCGUCAUCAAAACAGAACCACAGAAGGUGAGCCUUUUGGUCAAGCAAUCGGUAAACUUGGAGAUAUCCGAUCCUGGA